GCUGUGGUCUACGGUGCGGCCCUUUUCUGUUCUGGGUUCUCGUCCCUGGAAACUGCCCGAAUUAACUCGGCACUAUGGGUAUACAAGGAUUACUCCAGUUUAUCAAAGAAGCUUCUGAACCUAUCCAUGUGAGAAAGUAUAAAGGGGAGGUAGUAGCUGUGGAUACAUAUUGCUGGCUUCACAAAGGAGCUAUUGCUUGUGCUGAAAAACUAGUGAAAGGUGAACCUACUGACAAGUAUGUAGGAUUUUGUAUGAAACUUGUAAAUAUGUUGCUAUCUCAUGGAAUCAAACCUAUUCUUGUAUUUGAUGGCUGUACUUUACCUUCCAAAAAGGAAGUGGAGAAGUCUAGAAGACAAAGACGACAAGCCAGUCUUCUUAAAGGAAAGCAGCUUCUUCGUGAAGGCAAGCUCUCCGAAGCCAGAGAGUGUUUCACGCGCGCUAUCAAUAUCACGCACGCGAUGGCGCACAAAGUCAUUCAAGCUGCUCGGUCCCAGGGAGUCGACUGUCUUGUGGCUCCAUAUGAAGCUGAUGCACAGUUGGCCUAUCUUAACAAAGCCGGCAUUGUACAAGCUAUUAUCACAGAGGACUCCGAUCUCCUAGCCUUUGGCUGUAAGAAGGUUAUUUUAAAAAUGGACCAACUUGGAAAUGGACUAGAAAUUGAUCAGGCUCGUCUAGGAAUGUGCAAACAGCUUAGAGAUAUGUUCACAGAAGAGAAGUUCCGUUAUAUGUGUAUCCUCUCGGGCUGUGACUACCUCUCAUCACUGCGUGGAAUUGGAUUAGCAAAGGCAUGCAAACUUCUAAGAUUAGCUAAUAAUCCAGACAUUGUAAAGGUUAUCAAGAAAAUUGGGCAUUAUCUCAAGAUGAAUAUAAAAGUACCCGAUGAUUACAUCAAAGGCUUUAUUCAAGCCAACAAUACUUUCCUUUACCAGCUAGUUUUUGAUCCCAUCAAAAGGAGACUUAUUCCUCUGACUGCCUAUGAAGAUGAUGUUGAUCCUGAAACGCUGAGCUAUGCUGGGUGGUAUAUUGAUGAUUCUAUAGCUCUUCAAAUAGCACUUGGAAAUAAAGACAUAAAUACUUUUGAACAAAUUGAUGACUACAGUCCAGACACUGCUAUGCCUGUCCAAAUGAGAAGUCAAAGUUGGAAUGACAUUACAUGUCCAAAGACCUCGAAUGCUAACAGCAUUUGGCACAAGAAUUAUUGGCGGACACAUGAGUUGGAUACAUUUCCAGCGUCUACGCCACAGAAAGAAAAUCUAAGUACUAAAGGCAUUAAACAAAUGACUAGUGCUACAGGGUUAAAUCUUCCAAGGAAGCCAUCUGUGGUCAAAAGACCAAGAAGUGAAGAGUUGCCGGAAGAUGAUCUGUUGAAUCAGUAUUCUACUUCAUGUACAAAGAAGACCAGGAAAGAUAAAUGUGAAGGUAAUAAAUCACUGAGCACUUCUGAAAUGUUUGUUCCUGAGCUGGAAGAUGGAAAUGUUGGUAAAAAGAGCGUAAGCCCACUGCUUAGGACAAGAAAUAAAUUCGCAACAUUUUUACAUAGAAAAAAUGAAGAACAUGGUGCCAUUGUGGUUCCAGGGACCAAAAGCAGGUUUUUUUGCAGUUCCCUAGAUUCUGCGGACUGUGCAUCCGAGAACGAAAACAGCCAGCUUUUAGAUGAAAGUGUUGUCACAAAUGAAGAGACCAAACUAAAAGAAUUAGAUUGUCUGGAUGGCAAGAAACUGGUUGAUAAAACUGUAGCACAAAAUUCAGGUGAUCAGAUUCCAGAAGACAAAACCGUGUUUGCUGAUGAAGAGUCUCAGACUUUAAAGACUAGCAGAUUCACAAGGACCGUCUCACCAGCUACUCAGAGGACUCUGGGUUGUUUUGGUUGGCCUGGAAGCCUUAAAGACUUUUCAAGAACUUCUACCCCCUGUCAAAACACAUCACUGCAGCCGUUCCAUAGAAAAAGUGUUUCUCCCACCUCUCUGCCUGAGAAGAGUAAGGUAUCUGAUCUAUCUCCAUCAAAGAAUGAUGAGUCAAUGGAUGAAUCUCUUCCCUUAGAUGAAAUGGGGAGGUUUUCACAAUUACAAGAAAGCUUAGGAUUAUCACCAGACAAUUCAAACACAUCAGAACUUUCUCAACCUAGUAAGGAUUCAGAUUCAGAGGAUUCUGGCUGUAAUUUUAAGUCACUUGAUAAUCAAGGUUAUCAAAACUCAAAGCUGCAUUUAUCUCACUUUUCAAAUAAAGACAAGCUUCUAAGGAGCAAGGUACCUGGGCUAUAUAAAUCUAGUUCUAUGGACUCUCUCUCUACAACCAAGAUCAAGCCUCUAGUGCCUGCCAAAGCCAGUGGACUGAUCAAAAAGGCAGCAAGCAUCCAGAGAAGAAAUCAUCAUAAUGCUGAGAACAAGCCAGGAUUACAGAUAAAAAUCAGUGAGCUCUGGAAAAAUUUUGGAUUUAAAAAAGAUUCCGAAAAGCUUCAUUCUUGUAAGACGCUAGAUCCUCUCUCUCCAGUGAGAGACAACAUCCAACUAACUCCAUAAGCAGAAGAGAAGAUAUAUAGCAAACUUGAACAUACUUGUUCAUGAACAAUAAUUGGAAUAUUGGAGCAAUAUUCCAAUAAAUGGAGCCUGCUGGGAAGCUGCUGCCUACAGGAGAAGAUCAAUUUGAAGUCCCUAUAUCCGAAUGAGACCUAAGAGAUUUGUGUUAGAUCAUCUUUUAAAUAGAGUGCAGGUUGCAUAUUGGCUAUUUAAUUGUUUCUUGUGCUCAGCUUUUUACCUUUCCAUAAACUAAACAUAAGAAUCAUUUUUAUUUCACUGUUUUUUGGAAGUUUUACUGUUGGUUGUAUAAGUCCCCUGAAAUGCAUAAACGUUUACUCCAACAUUAUGUAAAUCUUGUCAAGU